AUGCAUGGCCAUUGUGCGACGUUGCCGUCGACCCUGCUUUCACCUGCCUGCGUGCAGGUGGUGGUACCGCCCAGCGUUGCCAGCGAGGGCGGCAAGGAGACGGUGCGGGUCGGCAUCAACGGCUUUGGUCGCAUCGGCCGGCUUGUGAUGCGCGCGGCCAUGCUGCACCCCGGCGUGGAGAUUGUGGCCGUGAACGACCCCUUUGUGGAUGCUGAGUACAUGGCCUACAUGCUGAAGUACGACUCCGUGCACGGCCGCUUCCCGCACGACAUCCACGGCGACGACACCGGCCUGUACAUCGACGGCAAGAAGAUCUCGGUGCACGCCAAGCUCGACGCCGGCGAGAUUCCGUGGGGCACCUCUGGCGCCGACUAUGUGUGCGAGUCCACCGGCGUGUACACCACCAUCGACAAGGCCUCGGGCCACCUCAAGGGCGGCGCCAAGAAGGUCGUCAUCUCCGCGCCCUCCGCCGACGCGCCCAUGUUUGUUGUGGGCGUCAACCACGAGAAGUAUGAGCCCUCCCUCAAGGUCGUCUCCAACGCCUCCUGCACCACCAACUGCCUGGCGCCUCUGGCCAAGGUGGUGCACGACAAGUACGGCAUCAAGGAGGGCCUCAUGACCACGGUGCACGCCACCACCGCCACCCAGAAGACGGUGGACGGGCCCUCGCGCAAGGACUGGCGCGGCGGGCGAGCCGCCGCCUCCAACAUCAUCCCCUCCUCCACCGGCGCCGCCAAGGCAGUGGGCAAGGUGCUGCCCGCGCUCAACGGCCGCCUGACGGGCAUGGCCUUCCGCGUGCCCACCCCCAACGUGUCGGUGGUGGACCUGACGGUCAACCUGGAGACCGCCACCAGCUACGAGGAGAUUAUGGCGGAGCUGAAGCGCGCCUCCGAGGAGGAGCUCAAGGGCAUCCUGGGCUUCACCAGCGACUCGGUCGUGUCCACCGACUUUGUGGGCGACACCCACUCCUCCAUCGUCGACUCGGGCGCCGGCAUCAUGCUGUCCCCCACCUUUGUCAAGCUGGUGUCGUGGUACGACAACGAAUUCGGCUACAGUAUGCGCAUGAAUGAUUUGAUCUCCUUCAUGGCUACCGUGGAUGCCAAGGUCUGA